AUGGCCUUUGCUGCCAUUAACUCCUCAAAUGGCCCAUCGGCCUUCUCGGUCGUGGACACAACGACUCCCCAGCCCGCAACGGCGGUAAAUUACGCGGUCAUUGACAAUGCCUUUGCAGCUGAUCUAUCAUUAAAAAAACGUGUCUACGAUGCGAUCAAUGUAUCUCCCGAGCAUGGAGCGCUCUUUCAAGAUAUCGCGCAAUACACAUCAGCACUGCAAUCGCGCCUACAGAGUCAGAACAGUAAUUCAACUCAACAACUAGAAGCGGACCAACCGCUCGCGAAGAAACGAAAAUUGGAGAACGGGAAACCUGGGACGAGCGUCGAUGCAAAAGAUGCUCCGCUGCAGUUUUAUGUUCAAGAUAUAUCCUUUGCGGCUCCUCAACGUAAAAAAUUGACGCUGGAGAUGACAGCUGCAGGCGGCUACCUCCGCGCCAGGAAUCAAACUUCUCAGAGCAUUGAAUUCGGCAUUCCAAUACAAGAUAUACAACACGUUCUUUGUCUUCCCGUUCCCGAAAAAGCUCAGCGUCAAUUCAACUUUUGUGUUAUACCUAAGUACGGCGAUGGUGUCACACCAGUACCUGACGGUCAGUCGGUUCUGGAAUCGAUGGUGUGGACGGUUUCCGACGGGCCACCUAAGGCGGCAUUCACAGGGAAUGGGCAGCGUGUUGCAGGAGACGAGCCCGGAGAAGCUCUAAUAAGGCGUAUGCUUGAUGGUAUUCUUGGACAAACCAAAGUCAUUCGACCAACCGAGCGAGAGUUUGUGAGUGCCACGCCUGAGGCACAUCGUAAGGGCGAGAAAGCAUAUCAUGUGAAAGCCCACAAGGGCAGCAAAGAUGGCUAUUUGUUCUUUCUGUCUAGUGGUAUUCUGUUCGGAUUCAAGAAACCCCUCUUGUUCUUUUCGUUCGAAAACAUCGAAUCGAUCUCGUAUACUUCUGUUCUUCAACGAACAUUCAACCUCAACAUCACCACCCGUGCCGAUUCUACACAGGAACCUCAAGAGAUCGAGUUUUCGAUGAUUGAUCAGGCGGAUUUCGCCGGUAUCGAUGAGUACAUUAAGCGACAUGGGCUACAAGACGCAAGCUUAGCAGAGGCUAGAAGGGCCAAGAAAUACAAUGUCAAUCUUCUGAAAGGCGAAGAGGAAGCUGCCGCUGGUGAAGUGGAGGAAAGUGAGCUUCAGAAGGCUGAGCGCGAACUGGAAGAUCAAGAAGAUGAAGAGGAAGAAGACUACGAUCCAGGCAGCGAUGCUGACAGCGAUGGUAGCGGAUCUAGCAGUGAGGAAGAAGAUGGCGAUGAUGACGAAGACGGUGGUGGAGAGGAUGAGGAAGGCGCAGAUGACGCUGAAGACUUGGUUAAGAACGAGCUCGGCAGUGAAGCUGAAGAUGUAUCUGCAGAUGAGCUGUAG